AUGAAGUUCGCCUUGUCUCUGUUCGCCCUCUACGUCGCUUUUGCCUCUGGCGCAUCGAGCCCGCAAGAUGCUCAUGAUGGGGCUCCUAUCCUGAUUGACCGAGAUGGCGCGUUCAAUGUCACCGCCGAGGGCGAAGAGAUUGAAGUCGAUAUUGGAGACGAGCUGGACCUGUCCACCUUGGAGAAGCGCAGAGGCUGUAGCGGACACCGUCGACAAAACGAUGUCUGCAAGGGCAACGCGCUUUUCAAGAUGAACUCUCGUCAUAACUGCUACAGAAGAGGCGGCCAUUGUUGUGCUAAGAGCAAAAAUGGAGACUACGGGAUCCAGGUCACAAGCGGCACGCAAUCGGGCGAAGAUUGCGGUUACUGCUUUUCGGGGAAGUGUAGGGCAGAGUAG